AAUGGACUUACGGGAGACCUACACUAGGAUGACAAACCAAUUUUUACCAAUAUUGUGCAUCAUGACCAAGAAUGAUAAAUUCAUCAAAUCGCAAAGUGCAUUCAGGCUGGAAACAAAUGAGGUAGAAUUGUUUUUAUUUCAGCAGGAUGGGCCUCCAAUGAGCUGUUAGGAACUAUUUGAUGGGUGUCCUGCAGUGGAAAGGGACACAUGUAUGUUGAACUUCUUUCACGCUGUACGUAGCCCACACUGCAUAUACAAUGCACACAAUUCUUGUUUUCGAACCACCAAGAUACAAAAUUGUUCCGGUAAUUUUUUAGGAAGCAGUAGGACAAAAAGGACAACUAUAAAUGGGUUUCAUCUUUGUGCCCUCUGCUUGGUAACUGAUUUUAACAGAAGUGCCGUUUGGUUUUCACUAUUUCUGCUGUGGGCGGCUGCGCUCCGGGCUGCAGAGCGGUAGUUAAUUCAAGAUUUGAAUUUUCGUGACUGCAAGGAUUCAUACUCUUUGGUUUUUUCGGUCAAGUCACGUAGGUAAAAAAUAAAUAAAUGAAAAAACUACUAAAUUAAAUCACGACGUUCACUGUGAUAGUGAAUUGGGCUGUAACGGUUCCACCUGAAGGACGGAAGCUUGUGUUGCCUCCGAAACAUCGUGAUUUAAUUUAGUUGUUUUUUCAUUUAUACAUUUUUUACUUACGUGACUUUACCGAAAAAAACAAAGUAAGAGCGGUAGUUCUUUUUGCUGUCGUCAUUCCGAGGAGAAAGGGACACAAAAGGCCAUCACUAUGGCAGCAUCUCGGCGGCGUGGGCGAACUCUGGGGCCUCUUGAAGAUGAGCCGCACGAACCACGAGGGGGCCAUAGAUGUGAGCCCUUGCGCAGCUGUGACGCCGUCAAUACAGAGGGAACGAGGGCUCUUGUGUCGCCACUCAAGGCGGUGAUUCAACCCAAAAGCCGCUUGCAUCCACCGGGUGGGGCAGAAGGAGGGAGAGAAGACACGAGGUGGGAUGAACCAAACGGCUGAUAAAUUCACAUCGGCAGGUAUUACAGCUGGCACUGCGUCCUCCAUAACGGUCGUGACAUUGUUCAGAGGAAGAUUAAAUGAAGGAUCAAAUAUGGCUGUGCUGUAGACACUAGACACCGACGGUCCUUUGCAGGCAUUUGGCGUAGAGAAAAACUUGAGUUCAUCGCUGACCACAGAGUGUGAUUGACAGUUUAAGCUUGCAUGGGUGCUUGAGCAUUGGAGACGUGAAGACCAAGCUUAAGCGGUGGUUGUGCGUGAGUGGCAAUGGCCAUGUCGAGAGACUUGCGAGGGACUCACUCGCUCUCCUCUUACUGGAACAAGCGGCGACCUGCUGUGGGCCUCUCCGUGGCAGUGCAGACCACCCAGGUGGCGUGUGGGGGACCCAGGCUGCACCGAGUGGCAGCGUCUGCGCCACACACGAGGGACACGUGGAGCCCAGGAGGCCUUUUGCUGCUUGAGAGAAAUGAGCAGCACCUGACAUCCAUGCAGUGCCGGUGGGCACCACCGCAGGCCACGGGGCCGGCACUAAUGGCCACGCAAGGAGAGCGGAGAGGUCACCGCUCGCACUCACAGAUGCAGCUCGCGAGGCGGAUGGUGGAGGAGGCUGGGAGGCCUCGGGCACUGGUGAUCCGGGAGGGCAGCCAGCAGCGUCCGAGAGCCAUGCUCAUCCUCACGCCAGAACUCGCCUCCUACCGGCAACCCCAUCACCUGCAGCCUAUAGCCGAGGAGUGUUUUUCAGAGCACAGUGCAAUUGGGACCGGCUUUCCAGAAGAAGUCGCUCGUUAUCAAACAACUCCAUCCCAUGCAUGCCACGCAGAGCUGGGAAGGAACGAAUGCACGGAAAGUAACGCAAGAAGACGACUGUCACUGAGCCAACUCUUCAGGCUGUGUCUGGGCAAGAAUACAGACGCGAUGGCUUCACCCACGCCGGCCAUCCAGAGCAUGGGAAAUCCAUCGACACCUCAGAGUGCUGCGAUGACUUCGACAGCGACACAGACAGAGAGACACGGCAAUGAUGAGAUGAAUGAAAGGCAGCCCUCUACGAUGGUACCUCACAGCCUUCAGCAAGGUGUGAGCGGACAGGCCAGUAUGUGCUGGAAGCCACGUGGCGAUGCCGACUCCGCCACGGCAGGCCAGGGGGCAGGGACACACCGACUCACGGCCUUCAUCCUCGGGGUGGCCUUGGCGCUGGUGCUGCUGUUGCUGCUCAGCACUGUCAUGGGCCUGACCAUCAAGCUCAAUCCUUGGAAGGAGCAACCAGUGACCGCUACAACAACACCAUCGAUCAGCACAACGAGUCGGUGAUGACACAAGCAGAAAGUGAUCCCAAGCUGUAGCAUUACAAUUUGCCUCAUUUUGGUCACCUAUAUUUUUUUACACUUCCAUUGCAUUGAUACUCG